AAUUACAGAAGAAUUAAAUAAUUCAUCAAAUAUUUCUAUUAAAGAAAAUUCACAAUCAUUUAUUAAUGAAAUUUCAAUUAUUUCACCGAAAAAAUGGAAACAAAAUGGGAUCACUGUGGCCGGUGGAAAUGGAGAAGGACAACAAUCAAAUCAGCUUAAUCACCCUAUAGGAAUGUUUAUUGAUAAAAACAAAAAUAUUUUCAUUGCUGAUCGUGAGAAUCAUCGUAUUGUUGAAUGGAAAUAUAAUGCAAAAGAAGGACAAAUCAUUGCAGAUGGAAAUGGCCAAGGAAAUCGAAUGAAUCAAUUGAAUGGACCGACAGAUGUGAUUGUUGAUCAACAAAAUCAUUCGAUCAUCAUUGCUGAUUUAGGGAAUAGACGAGUGAUUCAAUGGAUGAAUCAAAAGCAACAAAUUCUCAUUCACAAUAUUACUUGUUAUGGCUUGACAAUGGAUAGAUAUGGAUUUCUUUAUGUUUCUGAUGCUGAGAAGAAUGAAGUGAGACGAUGGAAAAUGGGAGAAUAUAACAACGAAGGAAUUAUAGUGGCAGGUGGAAAUGGAAAAGGAGAUCAACUCAAUCAACUCAGUUAUCCUACUUUUAUCUUUGUUAAUGAAGAUCAGUCUGUUUAUGUAUCAGAUACUGGUAAUCAUCGUGUGAUGAAAUGGAGAAAAGAUGCAAAAGAGGGAAAAGUUGUGACUAGAGGAAAUGGUGAAGGAAGAAAUCUCAAUCAAUUGUCUUAUCCUGCAGGAGUAAUUGUUGAUGAUUUGGGUCAAAUUUAUGUGGCAGAUGGUGUGAAUCAUCGAGUAAUGCGUUGGUGUGAAGGAAAAGAAGAAGGUGACAUUGUUGUUGGUGGAAAUGGUGGAGGAAAUCAAUCAAAUCAAUUGAAUUAUCCCCGUGGUUUAUCUUUUGAUGAUGAAGGAAAUCUUUAUGCUGCUGAUAGUUGGAAUCAUCGAAUUCAAAAAUUUGAAAUAAUUUUGUGA